UGACGGUACCCCUCUUCCAUAUCCUCUGGGGUCUCGGUCUCUCGUCUUCUCUUCUCGUCCCUUCCAAACUUCCACCACGAUACUGUCUCCAUUCUUAGUUCCCAUCUUCUUUAAUUUUCCUAUUCAACAACGCCCCACCAGCUCUAAGCCCCAUCAAUGUCUAGAACUCUAUCUCUAGUAACCAAGCCCGGUUCAAAACUCCUGAACCGGUUCCUAAUCUUGCCGUGCCCCAAUCCGAUCCUUCACCAGUCCAGUAGGACCCUCGAAACCCUAGCUUUCGAAGAAGUUUUAUCCUCCCCAGACAAGCCCUACACUUAUACAGCUUUCAUACUUCACGGCCUCUUAGGCUCCGGUCGCAACUGGCGCUCCUUCUCCCGUUCCCUCGCUUCCUCUCUUUCAGGAUGGAGGAUGGUGAUGGUGGAUUUGAGGAAUCACGGGAAGUCGGCCGAGAUAACAGGACUGUCGCCACCGCAUACUAUAGGGAGUGCGGCUCGAGAUUUGGCUGAUUUGGUGAAGUCAAAAGGAUGGGAUUGGCCUGAUGUGGUUAUAGGGCACUCCUUGGGUGGCAAGGUGGCCUUGGAUUUCGCUCGGAGUUGUGCUCGUGGUGAUUAUGGGGAACAUGCUUGUUUGCCCAAGCAGUUAUGGGUACUUGACUCAGUCCCUGGGAAAGUAGACCCUGAGGAAAGUGAUGGAGAAGUGGAGCAAGUAUUGCAGACCUUGCAAUGUCUACCUUCAUCAAUUCCAUCUCGAAAAUGGUUGGUGGAUCACAUGAUGAAGCGUGGGUUUUCAAAGGCAUUGUCAGAAUGGAUUGGAAGCAAUCUGAAGAGAUCCGGAGACCAAGAGACAUGGGCAUUUAAUUUUGAAGGUGCAAUCCAGAUGUUUAAUUCUUAUAGGGAAACAGAUUAUUGGUCUCUGUUGGACGAACCUCCCAAAGGGAUGGAGAUAGCAAUCGUCCGGGCUGAGAACAGUGACAGAUGGACGCAAGACACCAUUCAGCGCAUUCAAAGGCUUGCUGCCAAAAGAGUUGAUGAAGCUGAUGGGAAAGUCUCUUAUCAUGUUCUUUCCAAAUCAGGGCACUGGGUUCAUGUGGAUAAUCCAAAGGGCCUUCUUCAGAUUGUGACUCCUGAACUUGCAUCUAUAACUUAGUUGCAUUUUUUGUCAAGCUUUGAGGUUUUUUCGCAUGGAAAGCUUUCCUGCUUUUCCAUCAAGUGGAAAUAUAAACAAUCAAUAUACCCCACAGAAAAAGAAAUUUUAUUUGUCGUUGAACCUAGAAGCUACCUACUUGAGUUUUAUAUAUACGGGUGCAUGCUAAACUUCAGUAAAUCACAUACUGUUAUUAACAUGUGCUUGGAUAACAAUUUUGGAAGUACAAGUUAGCAUCAUCAUGUGCUUGUGUGCAUGACAUAUCAGUAAUUAUUUGAAUGUUUUUGUUAGUAAUAUUUGAUCAGCAGCACUUUCUGGGUGGAAAAUACCUACUAAAUGGUCCGAGCAUCCCACAACACUUGGCAGUCUGUCUAUGUGCUGCCAUUUCAUGCAACAGUGGAAGGAUCCAUUGGAGUUGAAUCGUGCAACUGUUCUAGCUGCAUCACCCUCCAAUCGCUGUAUCAAAUUCUGAUCGGCUCAUUCUUUUAUUGCUAUAUGCACUUGCUGCUGUCUCUAGACCCUGUGCAUGUGAGUGUGGCCUGAAUUUUGAGAUAGAGGAUGUCUGAUAGUGGUCUGUUGUCGUACUCGAUAGUGUCUGUUAGAGUGUAGCUUACUCCAUGUGAAGAAAUUCAAGUGGUAAGUUGGAUAAAAUUGUAUUUUUUUCGUUGAAGUCAUCUUUGAGCUUUCUUAUGAAUGAAAUGUUUGUCUUCUUGGUUAAAGGCAUUAAUCAAGGGAUUGUUGCACAAGGUCUCAUUUUUUGUCAGGUUCAAGGAGUAACAAUCUAUUUUCAGCUAGUGGUUCUUCA